AUGGCAAAAAAUUAAAUGUAGAAAAACAAACUUUUAGCUUAAAAAUUUGAUCUCACUACAAUGGUUGAAUCGUCGACCACAGACUCUAAUUCACCAGCAGGGCUUUUGUAUGCUCUUUGYUGUAAAUUGCUUGGAAAAGAACCAAAAAGUCAAGAUCCAAGUCUCUCAGAACAUUACCAAUAUGCUUUGAGAGUUGUAGGGAGUCGUUUUACACCAUCUGUUGGAAAUGAUGAAUUCCGAGUUGUAGAAAGAAUCAAGAGAAAAUUGGUCAGGGAAAACAAAGAAGUUGAUGCUGCAGUUUUCUCUGAGUUGUACAGGAAAUUAUCAUCACAGAGUGUCCUCCAGAACAAAUGGUCUAUACUAUAUCUUUUAUUAAAUGUUAGUGAAAACACAAAACAUGGCAGCAUGCAAGGACAGCAUUCAGCAAUACCACAAUUCUUUGGUCGAGGGCUCCCUAUGGCUUCUACACCUAUGAAUCAAACCUCUUUGAGACCUAUGCCAAGUGCAGGGGGGUACUCCACCGUUCAUUCCAGUCAAAGCAGCAGUGGGUUCAGUAGCAACCCAUCUGGGAUACUUACAGACAGAACACAAACACCAUCAAUUUCUGGUCCAAGACCACCCACAGGAACCCACUCUGUUCGCUUUGCUGAUAAUAUUGACACCCGUCAAUCAGAGAGAUCACAGUUAGCAUCCAUGGUUGCACAAUCACUAACAAUAUCAAGGCAAAGGGGAAACAUCACAGAUGGUARUAUUCCUGGACGAGAAGCAGUGGCAAGACUCGACRUGUAUAGUGGUGCUGCUGAUGGAGAAAAUACUUCAUAUGAAAUAUCAGAAGCCAUACUACUCAGGGAAAUCAUCUACAUAUUCCAGGGCAUUGAAGGCAAAGUCAUCAAACUUGAUGAUUCCAGUGAUGCRUAUAGAAUUGAUGCCAACCUUGGUGUGCCAAAAUCAGUACGUGACCUUGUCAAUAAACUUGCUGAACUUGGCUGGUUGUAUAGAAAGGUUAGGAAGUACCUUGAUGCAAGGGCUGGUGAUAGAGCACUUGGGCUGGUUGGUCAAAGUUUCUGUGCUGCUCUUCAGCAAGAAUUAACAGAGUAUUAUCGUCUYAUGGCUGUUCUUGAAGGACAGCAACAAUUGAAUGACCAAGGGAUUGGAGAGGGUGCUAGUGGAAAUCUUACUCUAAGGCGAUUAAUGGUCUGGACAUUUGAUCCUCUUGUGAGAUUAAGGACUUUGGCAACUUUGGUCGAUACUUGUAAAGGUAAAAAGGGUGGGGCACUUCUAUCAGCUCUCCAUACAUACAUGCAACAUGGYGAUCCAUUUGUAAAGUCACUYGUCAAACACAUAUUGAACUUGGUAGCACAUCCUAUAAGAACUAUUAUGGACCGAUGGAUAUAUGAAGGGGAACUAGAAGACCAGUAUCAAGAGUUCUUUGUGGCUGUUGAUUACAGUGUCAGUGAUGACAGAUUAUGGUAUGACAAGUACAGUCUGCGUAAACCUAUGUUGCCAUCCUUCAUUCCUUUAGACAUGGCUACAAAAAUCCUUAACAUUGGAAAGUCAAUUAACUUUAUUAGACAUGUUUGUAAAGACCGCAGUCCMAUUCUUAGAGAUGAAAAYAAGGCUUUGCAAAGAACUAAAGCAGAGAAGAAUGCAGCUGCUGCCCAGCUCACUGCAGAUGAAGAGUUUACAGGUCCAGCUUUGCAAGAAACAAUUGAUGCAGCUUAUAAGGACACUAGUAAAAAACUACUUGAAAUCCUCUUUACAAAGUAUCAGUUUAGAGAUCACCUAAAGGCCCURAGACUCUACAUGUUGCUUGGCCAAGGUGACUUUAUAAGGCAUUUAAUGGAUUUGUUGGAGUCAGACCUUGCUAAGCCCGCUAGUACUCUUUAUCUUCACAACCUGACUGGCUCAUUAGAAGCUGCCAUAAGAGCUACCAAUGCACAGUAUGCUAACCCAGAAAUUCUGAAACGACUGGACUGUAGAUUACUGGAGGUUUCACCUGGGGAUACUGGUUGGGAUGUGUUCAGUCUAGAUUACCAUGUUGAUGGACCUAUCAGUACUGUAUUUACCCGUGAAUGCAUGYUAUACUACCUACGCAUAUUUAACUUUCUGUGGAGAGCUCAAAGAAUGGAGUUCAGUUUAACUGCAAUUUGGAGAAAUCAAAUGGUCAGCCAUAGACAUAUCAGCAACAUACCUGAGCUGGUCCCUGUUCUUCAUCAAUGUCAUAUGCUUGGUACAGAAAUGGUUCACUUCAUACACCAAAUGCARUACUACAUUACCUUUGAGGUUUUAGAGUGUUGCUGGGCAGACUUAAAGAAACAAGUAGCAGAAGCCAGUGAUCUUGACCACAUUAUUGCAGCACAUGAAACAUUCCUGGAUCAGGUGAUCUCAAGAUCUUUACUGGACACAGAGUCUAGGGAUAUGCUGACACAGCUUAGAGCCAUAUUUGAUCUCAUUGUCCAGUUUGAGAAUGCMCAGGCUUCCUUGUAUGCAGCAGCUGAGGAAGAAGUUCACAACCGACAACAAUUGAAGGAGUCAGUCAAUAAGAAGACUGAUAAGGGYGARUGGGGGAUGACAGCUGCWGAUGAAGAAGAGGUCAGGAAGAACUCUGUUCACUUUGUAGACAACAUUGUACCAAAUGCCCGUGCACAGCUACGUGUGCUGUUCCAAUCAUAUCAGGAUAUGGUGCAGCAAUUUCUGAUGAUGUURACAAGCCAUCAAGAUCCUAAUCUAAGAUUUCUUAGCUUCCGUCUUGACUUUAAUGAACACUACAAGAAGAAAGAACCUAAACUAAGAUCUCCAUUGACUCAUAGAUUUAGUAAAAGAUACAAGAAUCGUUAAACAGUGUUGUAAUAAGUAGUGAACAAUGUUGUACAAGACAUGGCAAAAAUGAAAUUGUAUGACAUGAAUAGUACAAGGUGUACAAGACUCCUUACACUUUGUACAAUCAAAACAAAGGAAUCUACUUGCAAUAUUAAAUAGUAGUCUAUAUGUAAAUGUGUUAAUUAUAGCAAUGGCAAAGGUUUUAGUAUUUGUACUCUAUUCAUCAAAGUAGUCUAUCCAAUAGCAAAGUGUAAAUAAGUGAUCCUGGCUUAGCUGAUGUAAAUAGAUGGCAAUAAAACAUCUUGACAGGGUGGCGAUA